GUUAGAUUGACCAAGAGGUUACAGCUGCAGUAAGAGGGAGAAAGAGAUAGGCAAAAAAAAAUAGUACAAAGACAGCCGAGUGAAUUAGGGAGGGGUUUUAACCGUUUUAAUUGGGGUAAAAACACGGGUUUUCCCUCAGAUAUCGUCUUAAUUUUUUAUCGUCUGUGAAAAGAGAUGUGAAUGGGCUUCUAAGGUCUGAAAAAAAUAAGUCGAGAAAUUAAAAAGAAAAAAAAAUACCUCAGGAUUGAAUUGAACUGAAGGAGCCGCCAUGGCAGGAACCACCACCACCACCACCAUCAUCAUCACCACCACCAUCCUGCAUUGAGCUCAGUCAAGAUCAAUGUAGAGCUCCGAAAUCAUUUCAGAUUUAUUUCUGGCGAUUAUUAUAAAAAGAAUUUUUUUUUUUAAAAACACAACUAAUUUGGGAGAAAUUUACGCGAUGAAACCAGGUGGACAGGAUUAAAAUUAAGAAAGAGGGGAAAGAAAAUAAAGGAAUAUAAAAGUGUCUUUUUAAAAAAAAUAUAUGUUUGAAAAAUUAGAUGUCGCUUUAAAGUAAUCAUGAGUGGUCGACCCAGGACAACGUCUUUUGCUGAGAGCUGCAAACCUGUGCAGCAGCCGUCUGCUUUUGGGAGCAUGAAAGUCAGCAGAGACAAAGAUGGCGGUAAGGUGACAACAGUGGUGGCAACACCUGGACAGGGCCCAGACCGGCCGCAGGAGGUCAGCUACAGUGACACCAAGGUGAUUGGUAAUGGUUCUUUUGGAGUCGUUUACCAGGCGAAACUAUGUGAUACAGGGGAGCUGGUGGCCAUCAAAAAGGUUUUGCAAGACAAGAGAUUUAAGAAUCGUGAGCUGCAGAUAAUGCGAAAACUGGAUCAUUGUAAUAUCGUUCGAUUACGAUACUUCUUUUACUCCAGUGGAGAAAAGAAAGAUGAAGUGUACCUCAACUUGGUGCUAGACUAUGUUCCGGAAACUGUGUACAGAGUUGCCAGACAUUACAGCCGAGCCAAGCAGACACUCCCGAUGAUUUAUGUAAAAUUGUAUAUGUAUCAGCUGUUCCGGAGUUUAGCUUACAUCCAUUCCUUUGGAAUUUGCCAUCGGGAUAUCAAACCACAGAAUCUGCUGCUUGAUCCUGAAACAGCUGUCCUGAAACUCUGUGACUUUGGAAGUGCAAAACAAUUGGUGCGUGGUGAACCAAAUGUUUCUUAUAUCUGCUCACGGUACUACAGGGCGCCGGAGUUGAUCUUUGGUGCCACGGAUUAUACUUCCAGUAUAGAUGUAUGGUCAGCUGGUUGUGUGUUAGCGGAGCUAUUGCUAGGACAGCCCAUCUUCCCUGGUGACAGUGGCGUUGAUCAGCUGGUAGAAAUUAUUAAGGUCCUGGGAACGCCAACAAGGGAGCAAAUCAGAGAGAUGAAUCCCAACUACACUGAGUUCAAAUUCCCACAGAUCAAGGCACAUCCUUGGACUAAGGUCUUCCGACCCCGCACUCCCCCGGAAGCCAUUGCAUUGUGUAGCCGGCUGCUUGAAUAUACACCAACUGCCCGUCUGACGCCUUUAGAGGCAUGUGCACAUACAUUCUUCGAUGAACUACGGGACCCAAAUGUCAAGUUACCAAAUGGACGUGAGAAACCAUUACUGUUCAAUUUCACUACUCAAGAACUGUCGAGCAACCCAGCACUGGCAUCAAUCCUUAUCCCUCCUCACAUUCGGAAUCAGGCUCCUGCAUCAACUCCAACGAAUGCUUCCGCGGUGUCAGAUACCAAUGCUGCUGUGGACCGUGGACAGUCUACCAAUGCGGCUUCAGCCUCUGCAUCCAACUCAACCUGAGGAUGGGAUGGCCCUGGCUCAAAUUUCCAGUCAGCUGCAAAAAUGCUGGUCAACUAUGAAAAUCGUCAUUAGUGUUCAUUUUAUUUAAUCUUGUUUCAAAAACAUACACAAAAUAAAUACAAACCAAUCAUUUACUCACUGAAGAGGGAUUGAAAAGGAAUGUGGAGUAAUGUUGAACUCCUCCCUUGACAAUCUUCAAUUGAAAUCUGCCAUAGUGUUCAAAUUUUCCCCACCCAAUCCCAAACAUGAAAGGCUGAGGUGUGUUUCACUCUGGUGUAGUGCAGGGUUUAGAUUUGGCAUGAAGCAUUGCCAUCAGAUCCUUUCUUAAGAAUCUGACUAAGAAGGUAGUAGUAUUAGUUAUAGGUAUUAAGUUUUAUCAAUACUGGACCUGUACCAGCAACAUAUGGACAAGGGUACAGAUCCACUGAAACAACCACUGCAAGAAAGACCAGAGAUUCCACGGUCACCAUAAUUUCCCCUGCAUCAAAGUGAAGUUUAAUAUUUUCAGUACUUUUUUCAUCACUUGAUUAUUUGACUCUUCAGGGCUAAAAGAUUUUUUUAUGGUCCAGUGCAACUCUGCACUGGCCCCAUUUAUUUAAAGCAAGAUAUUGCAGAAGCAGUGUAGCAUGUACACCCAAGUUAAAUGUACACAUAAUAUAUCACAGGUCCCUAUAGAUUUCUGAGCUACACCAACUGAAAUACAAUCUUGAGUUCUUGAAGGAGUGUAAAAAUGAUCCAAAUGGUUUCAGACUUCCUCUAUUUUCUCCCGUCUUUUUUCCACCCCUCCCUGAACCCCUGUUUUUAAUUAUUUUUGUUUUGUACAUAAAGUAUGUGGACCUGGGAACUGAUGAGAGCAACAAACAUUCAGGGCAAAUUUCGUUAAUUGUAGGAGAGCUUUUAAAGCCAUAUAGUUUCAAUUCUGUACUAUAGGUGCGGCUACAAUGUAACAAUAAGGAAUUAGCGCUGUAUAGUAUAUAGUUUGGAGUGCCUUUGCUUCCAAUGUUUGAAUUUUUUUUAAAUUGAUGUCCCUCACUGAAGUAUAUUUGCUGUUUCUUUCAUAUUUAACCCUUUAUGUACCUUUAUAAGUUGACAUCUGUCCUAUAGAGAAUUUUUAUUUUUAUUGCAUAUAUGAAAUUCACACUGCAGUUGGAACAAAACAGUUGUACAGAAUUGUUGAACACUUCAAAAGUUGCAUAUAUCAUUAUUUAAAAUGUUUGGGCUCUCAGCAGGUUAUGGCAAUUUGAGGUUUGAGGCUGGAGUGUUCUACAGAAAAUAAUUGUUUCCAGUUGUUUUGGCAGAGUUAAUUUGAAAGGAAGCUACAAUACAAAUUUUGUAUGUUAUAUACAUGUAUAACCAACUAUUUGAACACUUAUGUGCUAUGCCAACUCUGUUUUAUUCUCCAAAAUUUACUGUAGGACAUGAAACUAGGAAUGAAAGUAAACCUGGCAGAGUUGCUACUAGUGCUGCAUGAACUGAUGACUUUAAAUUUUUAAUGUACAAAUGAUAUAAUUAUUUGACAUUUUAUAAUGCAAAUCUUGAUUUUAAUUGCUUUUGUUUUACCAAAUGCUUUUACCUUGUGAGCACCGAGUUAACACUGGAGUGUCCCAUUACAUGGCUUCCUAUCUGAAGUGCAGCUUUGAUUUUCAGCUUCUAAAAUUUCAUGUGAAUUUGUACUAAGGAUGAGAGAACUGUUAGGAUUUGAUUAGUGCCUUUGAAGGAGCAAGUUCAUAUUGACCAUUGAACUUUUAGCCUUUAUUGCUUUCUGUCUUUGUAACAGACUUAGCACAAUUUUUGCUAAAAUACCACACUCGUGAUAUUUUUGUCAUUUUUUGCAUCCACAUAAGCUAGAUCUAUAAAAUGAUAUAUAAUGAGGAAAUGCCACUAAAUAUUGCAUUGGGGAAGUGGGCAUUGGACAGAAAUGGAAUAAAGGGCAAGUUUAAUCUGAAUGGUUUGCUCAUCCUUAAUGCACCUCUGCUGCAGUAUAUAUUCAUUACAAGCAACAAGAUAUGCACUGGCAUCUGCAGUGUACCAGCAGUGAGUGAAUUUCCAAGUAAAGCUGAAUCAGGCUGUGAAUAUGGUCUGAUUCCUGUAAUGGAGUAUACACUAUCACUUUGUCAUUUUCUUUUAUCUUUGGAAGUUUUAUAGCCUGUCCUUAUCAGAACUCAGCUGAAAGGUUGUCCAUGUAUUUCCUGGCAAUUUAAUACCACAGGCUGAUGAACUUUAGUCCACUUCAUUUUUUGAAAUCCUGCAUUACCAUAAACUAUAUAAAAUUAUAUUUUCACCACUUGUUUAGAGUGAAACAGUCCCAUUGAAAACAAUAGAAGAAUGAAAUAUUUGGAAACUAAAUCCAAAAUCUUACGUUUUGUUUUGAAAACCUUUCAAAUGAUUCUCCCUCACCUUUUUCUGCUUAGUACCGUUUUGACCAGCAUGUAGGCUCCUGCUCUGAGCCAGCCACUGGCCUUAGUCAUGAUUUCUUUAAUGAAAUGACACAUUUAUUCAGAAUUUGGUUAGAUGAGUGCGGUGCUUGCCUUUCGCUUUUGAGGGUUUGUGUAUAAUCAAAGGGAACAUUUUUUUGAGCCUCUAAGUUCAAUAUGAAUGUUCCCUAUAAGGGAAAAUCAGGAAGAGGUGGCUUAGAAUAGUAUUCAAGAAAAAAACCUGAUACAGUAGGCAGCACAUUUUCAUGCCAUGGCCUGCUGUUAAACAUUCUACCAAUUUGAGCUAUAGAAUCUGUGUGGGGGAAAGAUUUUUGACAUAUGUUAAAUUAGGCUAGUCCAAAAUGAGCAGAACUUGCAGUGUUAAGCUGAUUCUUGGCAGAUGUUGCUGGGUACCUCAGUAGAAAAAUGUUGAGCAGACCUGGGUAUCGAUGUUACCUCCUAGGCUGGCAGAUAUACACAUGCAAUUUCAAGCUCUAUGGACAACUUAAGGAAUUCCCAAGUUGCAAGAGAACCAUCGAGAAUUGGUUUGUACAGUUUUUUUUUGGUGUAAGCUAUUCUUUAAUAGUGAGCAUCACAAAACUAUUUUUAUUACAAUAUGGAAAUUAAUAUUCAAACAGUUAGUAUGUAAUUUAGGCUUUUUUUUAGUAUACGCAAUAAAUAUUCCUCAUUUUUC